GGUUCGGAACGGGAAGUCCAUACAAACAGGAUGGAUUAUUGAUGGACUUCGUAUCAGCAAACGAGGAGACGCGUUUUUAACGUGGACCCGUCCAUCUUGAUUAGACGUUUCCACAGCAAAGGGACAUCAAAUGAACAUCAUGUAAAUAAAGUUUAAAGGAUUCUGGACAAUUGGCUCACUGAGGAGUUUCACACUUGUUUGGACGUUGACUGGGAGACAGCUGAGCCAGAUGUGGACCCCUGCUUUAAUGAAACUUCUAUACCUCACUGAAAUCUGAACUCUGUUCAGUUUUUCAAAUAUGGACAUGGCCAACAGUUCCCAGCACUUUCCCUCCAUCCGCCACAUGGACUACAGUCCGCUGGGGGACUACCUGGACGACAACGAGACAAACUCCACCGUAGGGGAGAGAGACUCGUUCGGCUGCGUUCAGAUCCGCAUCCCCCAGGAACUUUUCCUGGCGCUUGGACUCAUCAGCCUGGUGGAAAACAUCAUGGUGAUCUGGGCCAUCAUCAAGAAUCGCAACCUGCACUCGCCCAUGUACUACUUCAUCUGCUGCCUGGCCGUGUCCGACAUGCUCGUCAGCGUCAGCAACGUGGUGGAGACCCUAUUCAUGCUUCUCAACGAUCACGGCUUGCUGGACGUGCACCCCGGCAUGUUGCGCCACCUGGACAACGUAAUCGACGUGAUGAUCUGCAGCUCGGUAGUGUCUUCACUCUCCUUUCUGUGCACCAUUGCCGCGGAUCGCUACGUCACCAUCUUUUACGCGCUGCGCUACCACAGCAUCAUGACCACACGGCGCGCCAUAAUCAUCAUCGCGGUGGUGUGGCUGGCCAGUGUCACCUCCAGCAUCCUCUUCAUCGUUUAUUACACAGACAACGCGGUCAUCGUGUGCCUCGUCACCUUUUUCUGCAUCACCCUGGUGUUCAACGCCGUGCUGUACCUGCACAUGUUUCUUUUGGCGCACGUGCACUCGCGGCGCAUCACUGCAUUCAAUAAAGGCAGGCGUCACUCAACUAGCAUGAAGGGAGCGAUCACCCUCACCAUCCUGCUAGGGGUCUUCAUUAUAUGUUGGGGCCCCUUCUUCCUCCACCUCAUCCUCAUCCUGGCGUGUCCCACCAACCCUUUAUGCAACUGUUUCUUCCGGAACUUCAACCUUUUUCUCAUCCUCAUCAUCUGUAACUCCCUCAUCGAUCCUCUCAUUUACGCGUACCGGAGCCAGGAGCUGCGUAAAACCCUCCAGGAGCUGCUUCUCUGUUCUUGGUGCCUCGGAGUGUGACACCUUGAGGUUUUCAGUAGACAUUUGGAGUAAAUUCUCUACAGGUGUUUAAAUAACCUGCAGCUCCAUGGUGCGCUCAAAAGUUUAUGAAGGCUUUUCGCCAUCACAGAGCUGGUGCAAUUUUU